AUGGCUGUGUGGAGGGUUUAUUUAUUUGAUUGGACGAUGCAUUUGCUCGACGACGAGAAAUGGCCCGGCUACGACGACGGUGAUCCAGAUGUGGAACAACUUCUCAACGAGCAAGGAAUCAAGCGGCUAAGAACCUGCCUAAUCCUUCCGGAUCUACCUCCUCCUGCCGUCCAAGCGCCACCACCCGAUGACAACCCCCAAAACGACCCCACCAAUGACAUAUCCUUUGCAUCAACCAAUCAACCACCUCAAAACCAACAACAACAACAACAGCAAACCGCUAAAUUCCUGAAUCUUAAACAACACGAGUCCGAAUCGCCCAGUAACAUCGCCUCACCCGCCCCAUCGGCUAUCUCAUCCCCAGCACCUCCCCCGUCUUCAAUGGCCGAUGCUCCGCAGUCAUCAGUCUCGAAUAUGGCUCCUAGCACUAGCCAUGAUGCUAAGCCAAAGAAAAAACGCACCAAAACAGGUGCCUAG